AUGCUAUCGAUCAUAGGUAUCCUAAUUUCAGUGAUAACAGUUUGUGUCAAUGCUAAGAUAAAUAUUUACGUCACAGACACACCAAUAAAGAGGAUCGGUACUAGAUUAUAUAAACAAGAACUGCUUACAAAUCAAUUCAAAGACGUAAAAGAGUUAGCAUAUGAUUCAGCGAGUAGAAAUCUAUACUUUAUGUUCAUGGAUGACUCUAUACAGAACUCGGGACGUGCUUUCAUUAAUAUAAUAACAAAAAGGGCAGCGAAAAUCAAUGGUAUUGAAAAAAAUAAAGCGACGGCCGUUGAUCCAGAUACCGGAGAAGUAUAUUUCGGUUCAGACGAUGGUCUGUACAAGUACGAUCCCAUAGCAGAAGAAGCAAUCAACAUCGGCUUAUACAAUAUGAACAUAUUCAAAAUAGUUAUAAGAAAUAAUGAAAUGUAUCUAAUAGAUGCAAAUAAUCAUAUGAUAUAUAAAAUAUUUGACCAAGGUCUAAAAGCAGUGUUAGUUGGAAACAUGAAAACAGUUAUAGAGUUCGAUGUCGACUACAAGAAGAAUAUACAUUUUGUGACUAUGUGUGGUGUUUACUGUGCAAUCGAUGGCGUUGAAGUUGUUAAAAAUAAAGAUUUAAACGUAGUUUAUCAUUUCAUAUCUGAUGAAUACAAGACAUUCGGUGUUACUGAAAGUGGUUUGUACGAAAUCGACUGUAAGAAUGGAACAGCGAAGCACGUGGCCUUCUUAGAUUUCUUCCCGCGUAGUAUUAUUUUUGGCGACUACGGCGAUAUAUUUUAUGCUGUAGACGAUAAUAUAUACAGGUUGAAACCAAUUAACUCGUAUACAAUUUACAAAAUACAUAGACAUAAGUCUUGAAUUUAUAUAUAUUUAACAAGAACC